GUAAACAACAUGUCGGAGGAAAAGGAAGACCCUGCAGUGACUAAUUUUAGACGAUAUCUGAGGAUAGAAACAGUGCAGCCUCAUCCUAAAUAUGAUGAAGCUAGAGAAUAUUUUAGAGGUCAGGCGGAAGAGCUGCAGCUUCCUUUUCAUACAGUCGAGUUGGUAAAAGGUAAAGAAAUGUGUAUUAUAACAUGGCCUGGAAGUGAUGCUAGUUUACAAUCGGUCAUGUUAUAUUCACAUAUUGAUGUUGUUCCUGUUUUCAAGGAACAUUGGAAAGUUGAUCCAUUCAGUGCUGACAAGAUUGAUGGUAAAAUAUACGCUAGGGGCGCUCAGGAUAUGAAAUGUGUCGGUGUUCAGUAUAUCGAGGCUGUAAGAAGAAUAAAAAAAGAAAACCAAAAAUUUAAAAGAACAAUUCAUAUCAUUUUUGGACCAGAUGAAGAAAUUGGUGGACUUGAAGGAAUGGCUAAAUUUAUAGAUUUAGACGAAUUUAAAAAGUUAAAUAUAGGAUUUUCAUUGGAUGAAGGACUUGCCAAUCCAGAAGAUUAUUUUCGAGUAUUUUACGGUGAACGAUCAGCUUGGUGGGUUAAAGUUAAUAUUAAAGGCGCUCCUGGUCAUGGCUCCACAUUCAUCAAAAAUACUGCAGCUGACAAAUUUAAUAAAAUUGUUAAUAAGUUCUUAGAUUUAAGGGCAGAGCAAGAGAAAAGGUUGGAAUCAGAUCCAAAUCUACGAUUAGGAGAUGUUACUUCAGUUAACCUUACCAUGGUCGAGGGUGGUGUACAAGUCAAUGUGGUACCAGCUGAAAUGACGGCAUGUUUUGAUGUGAGAAUACCACCAACAGUGAACCUGGUCGAAUUUGAGGCUAAAAUCGAUGCCUGGUGUAAGGAAGCUGGUGAUGAUAUUACUGUAGAAUAUUUACAUAAAGGAAACGCAUCCCACAUGGCUUCAACUAGCCCGGAUGAUAAAUGGUGGUCCGCAUUCUCUACAGCUUGUCAAAAAUUGAAUAUUGAAAUCAGACCAGAAAUAUUCCCUGCUGGAACUGACAGUCGUUAUGUCAGAAACCUUGGUAUACCAGCCCUGGGUUUCUCUCCAAUGAACAACACCCCAGUUCUUCUCCACGAUCAUAACGAGUUUCUUCAUGAGAAAAUUUUUCUGAGAGGAAUCGAGAUUUAUCAACAAAUUAUACCAGCUCUAGCUAAUGUUAACUGAACUGGGGGGAGGGGCGGGAGUGGUCAGAUUACAUAUAUUUUUGAUAAAUUUUAAAUUUAAAAUGCAAUAAAAGUAUUUGAUAAUAAAAAAAAAAAAUAACCUAA